AUGACAACAUUCUUGAAUAAGAAUCAAAAACGUUCAGCUAUGCGUUUAACAAAACGAUUCACUGAAGAGGAAGAUAAAAAGUUAAUAACACUAAUUGAAAGAUACGGUGCUAAAAAAUGGAAUAAUAUAGCAUGUCUAAUGGAGACUAGAACUGCUAAGCAGUGCCGUGAAAGGUGGGAUAGUCACCUUAAACCUGGGAUUAAUAAAGCUAAUCAGAAACCAUUUACAUUACAUGAAGAAGAAACAAUCUGGAGGUCGUACAUUAAAGGGGAAAAAUGGGCAAAAAUUGCUUUAAAACUCGGUAACGGACGGACAUCUAAUGAUAUUAAAAACGCAUAUAACCAGAGACUUCGCAAAUCAAAGCAUAAUCAAAUCAGGAUGUCUAUUUAUUACGUAUUAAACAUUAAAUAA